CUCCGUCCAGUAAAUCUCCCAGUCCUUGGACGACCCGAAAAGACACAGCAAGAUCAACAGACAAGUGCAUACCGUACGGCGGUACGGCACGGACAGCGAUAACCAUCAAGAGAUUGCAAACCAAGGCUGCUUUUACUCUUCUCGAUCACUGUGUGCUCCUCUUCCAUCAAAAGUCAAAAAGCCAAGAGAACUACAGUACCUAUAGGGAAGAGAUCGAUGAUUGUGGCUGUUCUCUUGUGGUUGGCCACAGCAUGGCUGUGCCUUCAUUGGGCGACGGAUACACCGUUGUUUCUACUGAUGGCACCCUCUUGUAUCCUGUGGCUGCGAUUCAAGGCUCUCACGGGAUUUCUCCAGUCCACUUCCGACAAUCCUCUGUUGCAAGCUUACCAAAUGCCAGCCGCGGCUGUCAAGGCAGUCUUCCAGCGGACCCUGUACUUUUGCCUCUCGAGUUUGACGGUCCAUGAAUUCCUUUGGAUGCUGGACGAGAUUUUGUACCCGGACUACCGCAGGGUUAGUCUGGAAAAUAGUGUCUUUGUGGUGGCGUCGGUCCGAUGUGGCUCCACGUCACUCCAUCGAGCCCUUUCUUUGGACAAGGAGCGAUUUGUCAGUCCUAGAUUCAUCGAGUUAUUUUGGCCUUUUAUUUGCGUCCAAAAAUUCUUGGACUGGCUGGAAUUACGAGAUGAACGCCUGGGAACCACGGUGAUCAAAAAUCUGGAGGCCAAGUUCCAAGCACAACUUGGACCGGAUGUCAUGGCACGGCAUCCCAUGCACUGGCACGAAGCCGAAGAAGACGAUGUUUUGCUGGCGUCCACUCAUUUGGUGGGAUGGUAUCUAGCGGCGGCAUUUCCGCAUCCCGAGGUUUGGGUGCAAUCGGGUCAUGUCCAUAGAUUGCCACAAUCCGCUCAGCAACGAUCGUUUGUGCUAUACGAACGAGCCUUGCAGAAAAUAUUGUACCGAAGGGGAAAUGGCCACCAUCUUUUGACCAAAUCACAUCUGAUAUCCCUGGUACCCACCAUUGCCGACAAAAUUCCAGGAGCCAAAAUUGUGGGCAUGGUCCGACAUCCUGCCGAUGCCUUUGUGUCUCUCUAUGGACUCACGGAAGCAUCGUACAAGAGCUUGUCACCGGCGGAAGACUACGAUCCAAAAGCUCUCGUUGCGGGGCACGUACGAUUCUGGCAAGAAUUCACUCGCUCCGAAAUGAGCUUUUUGAAGAAUAAACACAUGGUGGUAACGUUGAAUGACUACGUUCAAGAUCAGGACAAGGUGGUGCACAAACUCUACGAUGCGUGGGGAUAUCCCAUUAGAGGGACGGAAUUUGAAAAACGCUUGGAGGCAGACCGAACCAAGCACAAAGCCUACAAGGCCAAAGCCAAUUACAAAAACCCAACUCUGGAGGAACUGGGACUCGAGAGGAAGUUGUUUGAUGAAAUGUUUGCAGAGUACUUGACUACCUUUGGCAUCGUGAGUAACUAAUUUUAAAAUGAAUCGCGCUAGCUAGUAAAACAGAUACACAAAAGGUCAGCAGAGUGCAGGAGAGAACAUCAACGUGCUGCCGUUAUCUAUUUGGCGUGCGUCGGCGGGUUAUCCAUGUGGCAUCAGCGUUCACGGCAAGAUCGAUCACAUCGUCAUGUUGCCCAGUAGUACGGUACAGUCAUCGAUUGCUUCCGUAUAGAAAAGCAAACAAUAGGAUGGAUCACAUGUCUUGCACAGAAAUAGAUGGCUUGGGAUCUGCAGUCCAAGUUUGUUUGGAUUCACCGUGGCCCCC